GGUCCUAUUCCUGGCAUGCGGCUUGUAAGAUGAGUAAAGAAGCAGGUGGAGAGAGAUACAUAGAGAGAGGCUCUGUCAUUGGAAAUAGCUCACAUUGACAGGAACAAGCCAGAGAGUCAACCCAGCAUCUAUGCCAGGACCGCUCACCUGCAAGGUGCGUAGCAAAGAUGAUGACCAUGAAUAGCAAACAGCCUUUCUCUAUGCACCAUACCCUGCAAGAGCCCAAAUACAGCCUGCACUCCAGUUCAGAGGCGAUGCGCAGAGUUUGCCUCCCAAACCCACAGCUCCAGGGCAAUAUAUUUGGAGGCUUUGAUGAGAGUCUGCUGGCCCGCGCUGAAGCUCUGGCGGCUGUUGACAUUGUCUCCCACGGCAAGAGCCAUCCUUUUAAGCCAGACGUGACCUAUCAUACCAUGAGCAGUGUCUCCUGCGCCUCUAGCUCUUCUACAGUUCCCAUCUCUCACCCGUCCACCUUGACCUCACACCCGCACCACCACCUGCACCAAAGUCUGGAAGGAGACCUUCUGGACCACAUCUCUCCAAGUCUAACCGGAAUGGGGGCACCUGAUCCGUCUGUCAUGUCUGCUCAAGUUCACCAGCAUCAUCUUCAAACCAUGGGUCAUCUCCACCAAGCAAUGGGCAUGGGGCACCACCACUCCAUCUCCUCUCACAAUGGGAUGACCUGCAUUAACGAUGUGGAAUCAGACCCGCGCGAGUUGGAAGCGUUCGCGGAGAGAUUUAAACAAAGACGGAUCAAGCUUGGGGUGACACAGGCAGAUGUUGGCUCAGCCCUCGCCAACCUGAAGAUACCAGGGGUAGGCUCCCUUAGCCAGAGCACCAUAUGCAGGUUUGAGUCCUUGACCUUGUCCCACAACAACAUGAUCGCUCUUAAACCUGUCCUGCAAGCCUGGCUUGAAGAAGCAGAGGCGGCGUACCGGGAGAAGAACAACAAGCCAGACCUUUUCAAUGGCAGCGAAAGAAAACGCAAACGCACCUCAAUUGCAGCACCAGAAAAGCGCUCUUUGGAGGCAUAUUUUGCCAUCCAACCCCGUCCCUCUUCGGAAAAAAUCGCGGCCAUCGCAGAAAAACUGGACCUUAAAAAGAACGUAGUUAGAGUCUGGUUUUGCAAUCAAAGACAAAAGCAGAAAAGGAUGAAAUAUUCAGCAGUUCACUAACUGCAAUACUCAGUGUGACUUCAUAUUGUAUUAAGAAUAUAGCAGGGAUCUAUUCAUGUCUUCUAUAAGGACUUUCAAUAUAAGCCAUGGACAGAGUUUUUGCCUCGUUCACUCUUUCAAAUAUACCACAGUCUAAAGGUUUGACGUUAUUUGUAGAAAUGUACUUGUAAACAUAUGUAUUGUGCACUAAAAAGUAAUUGCUUGUCACUUUGGAGAAGUUUGUUGCUAAGAUUUACUUGAUGAAUGGUCUUGUUUCCAUGCUGCAAUAAUCUAAUAAUUUAUAAAGGGUUUGUUUAAACUGAACAAAAAUACCUGUGUCAAAAAUGUAAGCUUGGAUUUUUCAGAAUUAAUUCUGAAUAAGGGCAUAUGACAUUUUACAGGAAAAGAGUUGACAGAAAAAUGAACACUUUUAAAAUCUUUAAAUAUAU